GUUUUAAUUCCUUACAGUCUAAAAAACACUUUUGAAUAAUGAAGAUCAUCGUGCUGCUCAGCGUUUUUUCCAUCAUUUGCCUCUGGCAUUCCACCGAAUCUGCUCCUUAUAUAAGCAUCAGCUCUAGUUCAAGAUCGAGGUCUCAGAAAAUGGUAAACGGCCAUUUGAAAACUGUCUACGACUACAACGUUCAAAAAAAUAUAAGUAACAUAUCUGGAAAAAUGCUUCGCACUAGAUUGGCAGAAGUGAAGUCUGAUUUAAUGAGCCCGGAAGAUCUACAAAAAUGGCAAAAUAAAAUGACCAAUGAAGAAAAAUAGAUCUGCUUGCAUUAUAAAACUUAAUAAAUACAAUAUAGUAAAUACAAUAUGUUGCAUGGAAUAUUUCAAAUAAAGAAACGAAGCUUUAACUAUCCUUAA